AUGCCGCGACCGUUCUUCAGUCAUGUCCGGGUUUAUGGCGCGACGCAUAAAUUAGGUGAUGCCGUGCAAAGACUGGCAGAGGCGGUGCUGUGGCUGGAACAUGCCCCACCGUCUGUGGAGCUGUCCAUUCACUUCAUUCGGCUGUCGCAGAUGCAACUAUUAAACCACGAACGCCGAGGGAUCGACAGACCGACGGAUGUUCUGACAGUUUCCGGCAGUGGAAGUGGCUCACCGGAUGCAUCUUGGGUGAAUGGGGUGCUUUUCCCCGACAAAUCUCAUAUCGUUUGUGUAUCGGAUGGUUUGCGUGCAUCAGAAUGGGCGGCACCGUCAAGACGUGACUUACUGUUAGACCUUGGGGAAAUUUAUGUCAGUGUGGAAGAGAUGUGGAUGCGCUGCCUUCGAUACCCCCAUAAAAACUUGCCAUUUCAUGACUACUUGCAGGUAGCGUUGACGCAUGCGUUACUACACGCCCUGGGGUAUGAUCACGAUACACCGGAGCGUUGGAAAAAGAUGUCAAGACGAGAAAAAUUUAUGUUACACCAACUGGCUGCGUUCCGACGCCGUUGGCCGGGUUGCCUGACGGAGCUGGACGGCAUCGAGCUCCUCGCUUCCGUGAAAGCAUGA